AUAUGUGUAUAUAAAUAGGAAAUUUCCAGUGCUCUUUUGACCUGCUCCCGAUUAGCUCCCAAGUGAAUUCAUUCCGUUGCCCUUCAGCCUAGAGGAGGUUUUCUACCGCUGGUCACUCUAUUCGGACGAAAACUGCAUUGGCAAUCUUAAUGACAGUGUAUUGAAGUGAAAAUUUCAAGUGGAACGCGGACAGCAGCGAAAUGUCCGGAAAGUUGUUGCGAAUCGGCUUUAUUGGCGGCGGAAAAAUGGCCCAGGCGAUGGCCAAGGGCUUCAUAUCGGCGGGUCUUACCAAGCCGGAAACAAUCAUCUCCAGCAGCCAUCCUUCAGAUCUCGCCAGCCUUAAAGCGUUUAAGGAUUUGGGCGCCGAGUCCGUAACAGAAAACAUCCCAGUGGUGCAAAAGUCGCAAAUCGUCAUCGUUUCCGUUAAGCCUCACAUUGUGCCCAUAGCGUUGGGCGACCUAAAGGACGCCAACAUCGAUGACGACAAGCUGUAUCUUUCAGUGGCUAUGGGGGUUACCAUUAAGCAAUUAGAACAGAUCCUCCCCAAGGGCUCCAGAGUCAUCCGGGUGAUGCCAAACACUCCCGCUCUGGUCCAAAGCGGGGCUUCGGUGUUUGUAAAGGGCAACGCAGCCACUGAAGGCGACACCACCAUCACCAAGAAGCUGCUUCAAAGCAUCGGAACGUGCGAAGAAGUGUCCGAAGGGAUGAUGGACGCUGUGACCGCCCUUAGCGGCUCCGGCCCGGCCUAUGUCUACUUAUUCAUCGAAGCCCUGGCUGAUGGAGGGGUGAAAAUGGGCCUGCCAAGGGAUCUGGCCUACCGAUUGGCCGCGCAAACUGUUCUGGGGGGCGGCAAAAUGGUGCGCGACACCAAAACCCACCCGGGGGUUCUCAAAGAUGACGUCACAUCACCAGGGGGUUCGACAGCCACCGGGAUUCACUUCCUAGAAGAAAGGGCGUUCAGAGGGACUGUGAUGGGCGCAAUCGAAGCAGCCACGAAAAGGUGCAAGGAAGUGGCUGCAUCCAGCCAUUAGAUUGGUGUCUUCGUAGUGUGCCCCUUUGGACUGUGGGGGGUUCCAUUAAAGCCCUUUUAGGUUUU